UUUUUUGACCAAUGAAGUAAUUGAUAUGGAAUUGAUUAAACAGAAGAAGUUACUUCAUCAAGAUUAAUCGAAAAUGUACAUUUCUAAGACAACUCUUUCCAAAUUCUUCAAAUGGAUGAAUCAGUUUCCAUUAUCAAUAGAAUCCAAAAUUGAAUCAAAAUAGAUAAUGUGAAUUUUUUCAAUAGAUUAUUCAUAUAUUGCAAAUUGAUAUCAAAAAUAUCUUCAAGUUUUUAUGAAUCACCAGCAACUACUCUGUGAUAUCGCGAUGCGAUCUUGUAGGCUUCGCUCAUCAUAAUCAUAAUAACAUAACCAAAAAGAAAACACAAGAGUUCUUUCUUCACGUGGUGUAAGUUUAGCCUAAAUGUCAUAACAUAAUUAAUUGAAACAAAAUGCGUAUUGAAAAUUGUUAUUUUUGCUCUUCUCGUAUAUAUCCUGGUCAUGGUAUACAAUUUGUAAGAAAUGAUUGCAAGGUGUUCAAGUUUUGUCGGCCCAAGUGUCACGCAGCCUUCAAGAAGAAGAAGAACCCGCGUAAGGUGAAGUGGACAAAGGCCUAUCGCAAGACAGCCGGCAAAGAGUUGGCCAUCGACCCGGUGUUUGAGCUGGAGAAGCGGCGCAACCAGCCGCUCAAGUACGACCGGCAGUUGUGGCAGAGAGCGGUCGACGCCAUGAAGCGGGUGGAGGACAUCAGACAGAAGCGGCAGGGAGUCUAUGUGAUGCAACGGCUAAGGAAGGCCAGGGAACUGGAGAGGGUGUCCGAUGUCAAGGAGGUGCAACGCAACAUGGAACUCAUCAAAUCACCCGCUGCCGGUCUCAAGGAGAGAAAAGCUUUGGAAGAAUCUAUUGUUGAAGUUACCCAUGAGUCUGACGAGGAAAUGGAAUUGGAUGAAGAAGAUAGGAAAGAAAUGGUUGAAGUUUAAUAAACAUGUUCCAAUACAA